AUGGGGAAGCCUUCUUCAACAAGUCUCUGGUUAACAACGCAGAAGAAGAAGAGAUGGCCACUGAUGAUUCUACUCGUCUUAUCAGUAUCUACCGUCGGAAUGAUUCUCGUCAGAUCCGCCUUCGAUUCCUGCAGUGUUAACGGAAACAGAUGCGGCCGAUUCGUCGCGGAGAAAGAAGAGACCAGCGGUAUAAAGAUCGGAUCACCGAAUCCUCUAGGUUUCAUGAAAUCGAAGCUCGUUCUCCUCGUCUCUCACGAAUUAUCCCUCUCAGGUGGGCCUUUACUGUUGAUGGAGCUCGCGUUUCUGUUGAGAGGAGUUGGUGCUGAAGUGGUUUGGACUACGAAUCAGAAGCCUGUUGAAGCAGAUGAAGUUGUUAAUGUUUUGGAACAUAAGAUGUUGGAUCGUGGAGUGAAGGUUAUCUCAGCGAAGAGUCAGAAAGCUUUAGAUACAGCUCUGAGUGCUGAUUUGGUUGUUUUGAACACUGCUGUUGCUGGGAAAUGGCUUGAUGCUGUUCUCAAGGACAAUGUUCGUAAAGUUCUUCCUAAGAUCCUCUGGUGGAUUCAUGAGAUGAGAGGUCAUUAUUUCAAGGCGGAAUUAGUUAAGCAUCUUCCUUUUGUUGCGGGGGCGAUGAUUGAUUCGCAUGCAACAGCUGAGUAUUGGAAGAACAGAACUCAUGAUCGCUUAGGGAUUAAAAUGCCUAAAACUUAUGUCGUGCACCUAGGGAAUAGCAAGGAGUUGAUGGAAGUUGCUGAAGAUAGUUUGGCGAAGAAAGUUUUGCGUGAGCAAGUUCGAGAAUCUCUUGGAGUGCAGAGUGAUGACAUACUAUUUGGCAUUAUCAAUAGUAAGCUGUCUAUCACAUUUAUCCUGUAUAGUAUCUUCAAAAUGAUCAAGAAUUUACUUAAUUUGCUUUUCAUCACAGGUGUAUCUCGAGGAAAGGGCCAAGACCUAUUCCUCCGAGCCUUCCAUGAAAGUCUAGAAAUAAUCAAAGAGACUAAAAAGCUUGAGGUAUCAAAAAUGCAUGCAGUGGUAGUAGGAAGUGACAUGAGCGCACAGACGAAAUUCGAGACAGAGCUACGCAGAUUUGUCCAAGAGAAGAAACUGCAGAAAGUUGUCCACUUUGUCAACAAAACAAUGAAAGUAGCACCGUAUCUAGCAGCCAUUGACGUUCUUGUUCAAAACUCCCAAGCCAGAGGAGAAUGCUUUGGAAGAAUAACAAUCGAAGCCAUGGCCUUUAAGCUUCCUGUACUUGGCACUGCAGCAGGAGGAACAAUGGAGAUUGUAGUGAACAGAACAACUGGUCUUUUACACAACGCAGGUAAAGAGGGUGUGUCACCUCUUGCCAGAAACAUUGUGAAGCUGGCAACAAACGUGGAGAUGAGGACAACAAUGGGGAAGAAAGGCUAUGAGAGGGUUAAAGAGAUGUUUAUGGAACAUCAUAUGUCUCAUAGAAUAGCUUCUGUGCUGAGAGAAGUGUUGCAACACGCAAAAGUUCACUCACGGACAACAAAAUAG